AUGGAAAAGAAGAAAUAUGUAUUAGAUGCAAACAGUUUAAUUAAAUUUAAAGAUUUUUUAUUUAUGAAUUAUGACUGCUAUAUAACAGAAGGAGUAAUAAAAGAAAUAAAAGAUGAAAAUUCGAAAAAGAAAUUAAAUAACAUUCUUCCAUUAUUAAAAGUUGAUAAAGCAGAAGAAAAAGAUAUUAAUUUUAUAAAAUAUUUUUCAAAAUUAACAGGGGACUAUGAUUCAUUAAGUGAAGUAGAUAUAGAAGUUAUUGCAUUAACUUAUAUGCUUCAUAGAAAAUAUGGUGAUGUAUCAAAAUUACGAUCAUCUCCGUUAGAAACAAUUUAUAAAUAUGAUGAUGUUACUUACGAUUAUUCCAAUUACAGCGAUAAAAAAAAAUAUAAUAAAAAAAAUCGCAAAAAUAAAAAUGUAAUUGAAGAAAUAAGUUCAAUUAAUGACUCUGAAAAUUUAGAAAAAGAAGAGAUUUAUGAUAUGAAAAAUAAUAUGGAAAAUGAAGACGAAUUUAAAAGAGAAGAUUAUGCAAUGGAAGUUGAAAAAAUAAAUAAAACAGAUAAAAGUGAAGAAAAUGAAGUAGUUGAUGAGAGUGAAGAUAAUAAAAAUGAAGCAGUUAAUGAGAGUGAAGAUAAUAAAAAUGAAGUAGUUGAUGAGAGUGAAGAUAAUAAAAAUGAAGUAGUUAAUGAGAGUGAAGAUAAUAAAAAUGAAGUAGUUGAUGAGAGUGAAGAUAAUAAAAAUGAAGUAGAUGAGAGUGAAGAUAAUAAAAAUGAAGUAGAUGAGAGUGAAGAUAAUAAAAAUGAAGUAGAUGAUGAGAGUGAAAAUAAUAAAAGUGAAUUAGAUGAUCAAAUUCAUAUCCUGAAAAAGGGGAAUAAAAAAAUAUUUGGUUGUGAAACAAUAAAAGAAGAAGUAAUAGAAGUAAUAGCAAAUGACAAUGAUGAUAAAGAUGGAAAGUGGAUAAAUAUAAAUAAUUUUGAUACGUAUAAUUUAAAUAUUGAUAAGAAAGAACAAUUUGAUGCAAACAUUGCUUGUAUUACUACGGAUUAUUCAAUGCAAAAUGUUUUAUAUCAGAUUGGAUUAAAUGUAAUAACAAUAGAUGGAUACAAAAUAAAUUCAAUUAAAUUAUGGGGAUAUUUCUGUACAUCAUGUUAUUUUUUUAUGAGACGAAAUUCUAUACUUUUUUGUUCUAAAUGUGGUAAUAAUAAUUUAAGAAAAGUAAAUGUUAUUGUUGAUAAUAAUUUAAAAAAGUUAGUUGUAAAAAUUCCACAAUUUAGAAUAAACAAUAAAAACACAAUUUUUAGUAUUCCUAAAAAGAAAAAAAAUAGUAAAUUUGAAGAAAAAUUACAUAUUUUUAGAGAAGAUGAAUUAUUAAUUGGUGGUAGGAAACAAUAUAUAGCUCAUCAAAAAAAAUUAUAUGAAAAUCAAAGAAAUAUAAAAAAUCCUUUUAAUGGUGAUAAUAUUUAUGAUUAUAAUGAUUGGGCAUUUAGGACAACGUUGAAAAGCGGAAAAGUGGCAGUUUUAAAAAAUCCAAAAAUUAUUGUAGGAGGGAAAAGAAAUUCACACAAAAAAAAAAGAUAG